AUGGCGGCUUCGAAUGGUCAUGGCAGCGGCCACGGUCCUGUUCGCAGCAGACGCAGAGACCUGCAUACAGCGCUGUCGUAUCGGAGAGGACGGGCUGUUGCGGUGCGUCAAGUGGUGCGCAUCGGGCGUGGCUCAGCAGCGGCUGUGGGGCCUGCCAUGUCGCUAGCAGCAGCUCGCCUGCACCCAUCAGCGCCUGACACAAGGCGCAGCCCCUCUCGCCUCAGGCGCGUCGAGGAGGGCAGCCGCAAAGCAGUCCGCCAAUUUCCCCCCUCGAGCUCAUCUGCAGAUGGCUGGCUGGGCUCGCCGAGCUCGCCGCCUCGCAACCUGGAUUUGGCCGAAAAUCGCAGGAAAUUCCAACUUUUCGCCUCGGCUGCCCAUCACGUCGCGCUGCUGCUCCUGCUCUGGCCUUUCGCUGCCCAGCGUCUCUCGCCAGUCCGCACUCGGUGGGCCACCGAAAAGCACUUUCCGAUCCUGCCGUGCUUUUUUCGACUUGCACGUCGUGCUGCCAUUUUUCCUCGUCGUGGCUUUUUUCGCUCAGCCAAUUUUCUCCUGCCACGCCCCCCUGCACUUCGGCCCAGGGCGCAGUCGAAUCGCCCGCACACGCGCGCCUGCCACGGCCGUCCUCUGUUGAUUCGCACCUUUUCCCCCUGCCCCCCAAUUCGAAAUCUCCUGCCAAAACGCGUCGCCCCCCUACCAUCAGCUCAGCCCGGCGUGCAGUCGUAUCAGCUCGACCUCCUCUUACCAUCGACCCUGCAUCCGCGCCGCCUGCCUUGCGCGCGUCUUUUUUCGUUCUUGCUCGACCAUUUCCAUCCGUUUCUCGAGCUUUUGAGUCGAUCCUUCCCUCCCAUCCGACUCGACACGCCUCCCCUUUUUCGCCCUACAUCACCGCAUCCCCUGCCUUCCGCGUUCCUUUUUCGCAUCUUCACCUCGCCCUCCGUCUCCCUCUUGGCCUGUACGGACUCGCUCGCGGCGCUGCACACUUCUCCCUCUGAGCCUGCUUGCGUCUCGCCAUCCACCUCCUCCUCACCCUCGUCGACCUUUUCGCCUCACCCUCUCCCUCCCUUCUCCUCGUCCGCGUCCUCGACCAUCCCUUUCGGACGUCGCCGCCUUUCCUUUCUGCGCGACCUUCUUGAUCCGUUAAUUUCGUGUCGACCGCGACCGCGACCGUCAUCACCAUCGCAUCGGUCGCCUUCCGAGCUACUUAGUCGAAGCUCGUCUCUUUCAUUUUUCUUCUCGUUGCUUGUCAUCGAGUAG